CACAAACUAAAAACUAUUAAGAAAAAAUAAGUUAGGGGAAAAGAAAUCAGAAAAAAAAAGAGCUUUAACUUUUGGAAUUGGAAACACAACAAACACACACAAAAAAAAAACAUAAAGUCUCUAUUUUACCUUUUAACCCCUUCAAGAAUCAUCGUUUAAUUUCAGUGCCCCACGUUGUCCAUAUCUCUCUGCUCCUCUGUUUCUUCGCCCUCUCUCAGCUCUUCGUCUUUGUCAGAAAGAAAGAGUAAAUGGAGCUGUGGACAGAAGCUAGAGCCCUAAAGACAAGUCUAAGAGGAGAAGCUAUCAAGCAUCAAGUGAUUAUGUCUGAGGAAUUAAGCAGAACUUCUUCGGCUGAAGAUUUCUCCGUUGAGUGUUUCCUAGACUUUUCAGUAGAAGGUGAAGAAGAAGAAGAGGAACUUGUCUCUGUUACUUCUUCACAAGAAGAACAAGAUUGUUGUAUCUUUAGUUCACAACCUUGCAUCUUUGAUCAACUUCCUUCUUUGCCGGAUGGAGAUGUGGAAGAGCUUGAAUGGGUAUCUCGUAUUGUGGAUCAUUGUUCAUCACCAGAUGUCUCACUUCUCUUAACACAAACCCACAAAAGCAAACCAAACUUCUCAUCUCAAAUUCCGGUUAAACCAAGAACCAAACGGUCUCGGAGCAGCUUAACCGGUGACCGGGUCUGGCCACUCGUUUCAACAAAGCGACAUGCAACAGGAGAGCAGGGGAGGAUGAAGAAACAAGAAACGACCGUUGGGUUUCAAAGAAGAUGCAGCCAUUGUGGCACAAACAACACACCUCAAUGGAGAACCGGUCCGCUCGGUCCAAAAACCUUAUGUAAUGCAUGUGGAGUCCGGUUUAAGUCCGGUCGACUAUGUCCCGAAUACAGACCGGCGGAUAGUCCAACGUUCUCGAAUGAGAUACACUCAAAUCUUCAUAGGAAGGUUUUGGAGUUGAGAAAGAGUAAAGAGUUGGGUGAAGAAACAGGUGAAGCUACUCCUAAAGUCAGACCAAGUCAAAUUUGGCAAUAAUGUGGUUGAUAAGACUUAGGUAAAAUUUAAACCUACUUUUAACAUUAUCCUUAGUGUUUUAAUUUUAACAACUUGCUCCAUAACCUUUGAAGCUGUCUUGCAAUUAGUCUAUAUAAAAGGUUUCUUCUAUGAACAAGAUUAUGUAUUUUUUUAGUGAUGUGAGACCACCACCACUACUACUUAGAAUGAAUUUGAUCCAUGUGAAGUGGUGUAGACUUUUUGAAGAAUUUGGUAAAUUAUAAAUUAAGC